UGGCUGCUGUAUCUGCCCUGCACUUGGAGUAUAGCGUUGGCAGCAGAACCGGGUUGUUGGCCAUCCUGGGACAUGCUGCUACUUUUUGGGGUUGGCUCAGUUCUGAUGCGUGGAGCAGGCUGUAUAAUAAAUGACAUGUGGGACUUGGACUAUGACAAAAAGGUUGUAAGAACUGCAAGUCGACCGCUGGCAGCUGGAGAACUUUCCCGUUUUCAAGCCCUUGUUUUUCUUGGUACCCAGCUUAGUUUGGCUUUAUGUGUCCUGCUAUGUUUAAAUUAUUACAGCAUUCUUUUAGGAGCUGCUUCUUUAUUUCUCGUGGUGACUUACCCACUUAUGAAGAGAAUAACUUAUUGGCCACAGUUGUACUUAGGCUUUGUCUUCAAUUGGGGAGCCUUACUGGGUUGGUCUGCAGUUCAUGGUUCUUGCAAUUGGUCGGUUUGCUUACCCCUGUAUAUUUCCGGCAUCUGUUGGACUUUGAUUUAUGAUACCAUUUAUGCUCAUCAGGAUAAAACAGAUGAUCUUGCCAUCGGCGUGAAAUCUACAGCACUCCUCUUUGGGGAAAAGACAAAAUACUGGCUCCUCGGCUUCAGCGCCACAAUGCUUUGUGGAUUUUCUGUGGCAGGAAUAAAUUGCAGCCAGACCUUCCCAUUCUAUGCCGCCGUGGCAGCUGCGGCCAUCUGUGGAGGAAGCCAGAUACUCCAUUUGGACAUUAACAAUCCUAAAGACUGCUGGGACAAGUUUUCUUCGAAUCGCACCUUAGGAAUUUUACUUUUCACAGGAAUUAUCCUCGGAAACCUAUGGAAAGAGAAAAACUCAGAAGAAACAAAGGAUGCUUUAGGUCCAACAGGCUCAAACUGUUCCCAGAUAACCAGGCAAGACCAGGCAUCUCCUCUGGACCUGUAACAAGGGUGGCAUCCAACUGCAAGUGAAUUGAAGUGACUUUGUCCAACAGAUGCUGAACAAAUUCCUCCUCACACCCCUGCAAGAGGUUCUUCGAACCCCUCUACCCCUACAAGAGGGCUUGUAUCACUUGCAACAAGACUGCAGGGCAGCUAUCUGUAGACGCAAUAAGGGCGGAGAAGUACUGAUACUUCGCCAUCCUUACCACCACAAGGUAGGCUUUAAUAGUGGCUCUAACCCAUGUUUGGUCAAGUUUGUCCCUUGUUGAGCUUCAGUGACGCUCUAGACAUCUCUUGUUUCAUCUCCCUCAACUCCUCCAUGAACCAGGGGGAGUGAUGGGAUUCCUGAGAGGGGAGAGGUCCCAUGGGUGCAAUCUGAUCCAACGCCUCACCCACCCCCUUAUUCUAAACAGUGACCAAGUUUUCAGAUGGACCAUGCAGCAGACCAGCAGGAACAGCCCCCAGCUCCCUCUGAAACCCAUCCAGGUUCCUCAGUCACCGUGGGUGGACCAAUCUAAUGGGUCCAGCCUCCCUGCAGCAGAGAAUCCCAUGAAAAUCAGGGCAUGACCUGACCAUGACAAGGGAGACACCAAAAGCUCCCCCAAUUUCAGAUCACAUAGCUAUUGCUCCAAAGGAAUGCCAGAUCUGGUGUGUGACCACUAUCCUGUGUCAGGCUCUGGAUGAUCUGGGAUAGGCCCAUAGCCAUCAU